UUACUACCACAGUUCAUAUUCAUCAACUACAAACGUAAUACAUGAGUUUUUGUGGUUGCCAUGUUUAAAAAGGCGUAAACCCAAGUCAUAGAAUUUGUUUUCAUUCAUUCAACAGCCCUUAUCAAUGGACUAAGGGCUUAGUAUUCGUGUUAAGUGAAGUGCUUGUUAGUUGAAGUUAAAAUCGCACAAAAUUGUGCAGCAAAAAUAUGGGUUGCACAGCAAUUAUAUGGCAAACGUAUUUCGCAUUUACGGUGAUCGUUUUUGUGGGUGUGAUCGGUCAGUAUGAGUGGCAACCUAGGGAUGCUUUCGAUGAAGUAAAAAUCAGGAUGGAUCGUGUUACUGCCGAUAAUUGUCCCAUUCAACAUUUGGGUGAUCUCUAUUUACCCGAGGACUCAGUGUCUCACCUUCCCGACAUAAAGGAAGUUAACAUCAAUCCUGUGUUCCCGAAUCGAACGGCUCUGUUGCAUCUGCAUAACAUGGCACUGAGUAGAUCAUUCUUUUGGAGUUAUAUCCUUCAAAGUCGAUUCAUUCGUCCUGCUAUUAAUGACACAUACGAUCCUGGUAUGAUGUAUUACUUCCUGUCCACUGUAGCUGAUGUAUCUUCGAAUCCAUUCCUCAAUGCUUCGGCUAUUUAUUUUGCACCGAACAGUUCGUAUACGUCAUCAUACAGAGGAUUCUUCAAUAAAACAUUCCCACGAUUUGCGCCCAGAACAUUUCGACUGGACGAUUUCAAUGAUCCCAUUCAUUUGCAAAAAAUAUCAACUAUGAAUACGUUCGAUGUACGCGAUUUGGGUGCCAUACCAUCUAGUUCACUAUCGAAGGAUUAUACGACGGACUUUUACAAGAUAAACGAAUGGUACAGAAAAUGGCUUCCUGACGAAGUGGAUAGACGACACGACACCAAGACAACGUAUCAAGUAGAAAUUCGAUAUGCCAAUAACACAAACGAAACGUUUACAUUCCAUGGACCACCUGGUGCUGAUGAAAUACCGGGUCCUGUCAAAUUUACCAGACCUUAUUUCGAUUGUGGUCGUUCAAAUAAAUGGUUAAUAGCUGCUGUGGUUCCCAUCGCCGAUAUUUAUCCAAGACAUACUCAAUUCAGACACAUUGAAUAUCCAAAGUACACAGCCAUCUCUGUCUUGGAAAUGGAUUACGAAAGGAUUGAUAUAAAUCAGUGUCCGAGGGGUGAAGGUAACAAAGGACCGAAUAAAUUUGCGGACACGGCACGAUGUAAAAAAGAGACAACUGAGUGUGAACCGAUACAUGGUUGGGGUUUCCGAAGAGGCGGUUAUCAGUGUCGAUGUAAACCCGGUUUUCGGCUGCCUAGCGUCGUUAGACGGCCCUUUUUGGGCGAAAUCGUUGAAAGGGCUUCAUCGGAACAAUAUUACAACGGAUUCGAUUGCGCUAAAAUCGGAUGGGUACGAAAAGUUCCAAUCAAGUGGGAGCGAGCAACAUAUGCUGUUCGCGAAAAGUAUCUAGACACUUACUACCAAUACCGAAAUUAUUCAACGGGAUCGGCUUCAUUGCACACACAAAAAAUAAAUAUCGACCAGGCCUUGAAGUUCAUCAACGGAGUGAAUGAGCGCACGUGUAAGAAUUUCCAUCCUCAAGAUUUGGAACUGCAUGGAGACAUUAGCUUUGGAGCUAAAGAUUACUUUGCCAAUGAAGCCAAGAUGGCUCUACGUUUGGCGAAUUUCAUCAGUGCUUUCCUGCAAAUUAGCGAUCCGAAUGAGGUGUAUUCCGGCAAACGAGUGGCAGACAAACCACUAACGGAAGAUCAAAUGAUCGGAGAAACGCUAGCGUUGGUGUUGGGUAAUACGCGAAUCUGGUCGGCCGGUACAUAUUGGGAUCGGAAUAAGUUUACGAAUCGUACAUUAUUCGCUCCGUUCGCCUACAAAAAGGAGUUGAAUGUGCGCAAAUUUAAGCUGGAAGAUUUGGCAAGAUUGAAUAAAACAGGUGAAGUCUACACCGAAAAGCCUUGGUACCGAUUCUUGAAGCAACGCUGGUCCACCAAUUUCGAUUCGCUCGAAAAGUUUUAUAUGAAAAUUAAGAUUCGCCACAACGAAACGGGAGAAUUUAGCAUGAAAUAUGAACAUUAUCCCAAUUUCUAUCGAGCUGGUAAUCUUGAUUCCGGAUUCUGGACAACACCAAAAUUCGAUUGUAACGGUUUGGUUAAAAAAUGGUUGAUCACGUAUGCAGCACCAUUCUUCGGUUGGGAUAGCUUAAAGGUUAAUUUAGAAUUCAAGGGUGUCGUAGCCGUUUCAAUGGAUAUGUUACAGUUGGACAUCAAUCAGUGUGAAGACGAUUUCUACGUUCCGAACGCCUUCAAAGGAACGCACAAAUGUGACGAAAAAACCUCUUAUUGUGUACCGAUAUUGGGUCGUGGCUUUGAUACCGGCGGCUACAAAUGUGAAUGCCUUCAAGGUUUCGAAUAUCCAUUUGAAGAUUUGAUAACAUAUUACGACGGACAACUAGUCGAAGCUGAAUUCCAAAAUAUUGUAACGGAUGCAGAAUCGAGAUUCGAUCUGUUUAAAUGUCGAUUAGCUGGUGCAGCAUCAAUCCGAGCCGGAUUAUUUUUAGUUUUAGGUGUAGUAGCUUUAACCUUUUUCAUUACCAGAAGAAAUUAGAAACCGAAAGUGGUUCUUGGUUAUGAAAAAAAGAAAAAAAAAUUGAAGAAGAAGAAGCAGCGACAAAGAGAAAUGUGUGAAAAAGAACUGUACAAAUGAUAACGUAACGACCCGUCCAUAAUAUUGAAUAUAAAAAUUUAUUUUUUAAAAGUUUUAACGUUAAGUAGAAAAUAGUAAUUUAGAUGAAAGUUGAAACGAAGUUUUUAUCUCGUAAAAAAAAAGAAAAGAAAAAUUGACUUAGUGAAUUCCACGAAUUUUGCACAAUUCAUUUUAUGUUUAAAUUACUUUUAAGAGGACAAAAGUGCCUUCUCGGUUUUAUACUCAAGAGUUAAAAUGAAACCAAAACCGAUGACGAUUAUUGUCGCACGAUUAUCGAAUCUCAUAAAUUAACGAGGUAAAAUAUACAGACCUCUGAUCUGAAGCAAUAACAAAUUGUAUUAAAAUGUUCUGAUUCUAAAACGUAACAAGUAUGUAACAGUAGAUGUGACAGGGCCGAUUAUUGGUUAUUUGAAUUACAGAAUGUUUCGAUGAAAUAACCAAAUUUACUGUCACAAGUAGAAGUAAGUUUGGUAAUUUUGCCAGUAAAUUAGAUAAUUUCAUCGGUAAAUUAGGUAAAUAGGUAGUUUUGCAACUGCAGUCGGCGACUUUGAAAUACGUGACGCAUUUCGUUUCAGCUGUUUUUCAGUUGAUCCACUCAUAUGGUCUUACGUCUUUAAACGGUUUCACUCGUAUACAGAAGCAUUAGCACAUUAAUUUGUUUGUAUGAGUGGAUCAGCUGAAAAACAGCUGAAACAAAACGCGUCCCUCAUUUGAAAGUCUUAUAUCCCGCAAGCCAACCUCAAGAUUCGCUAAUCCGACCAAUUUGAAAGCAGUGAAUCAUGUCUAGUAUCGGGCGGUAAAAGUGAUAACGAACCAGAAACCAAAGUGAACUUUAAAUUCCACUAACAGAUAAAAUCCUUUAUCAAUACGACAAUGCUAAUAAGUAAAUCCCGCGAGAUUUAUACUGUAAAAAGUGUUCUGAUAAUUCUCAGACAUUACUGUAUGGUAUGAUGUACAAAUUAUUGCCGUGAAAAGUGCAGAAAAUUGGUCAGUUAAUCAACUCUGUGUUUUUCGUUUGUCAAAGUUAAACUUUCGCACAAUGCAGCACAAUGUAGAUCACAUAAUGUAACUUAAGAUUGUCGAACGGAUUCUUUAUGUUACUUAAAUCUCGUCACGUAAUUUCACGUACAUUAAAGAGACCUUGCCUCUGGCAAAAGUCAAUUAAUUUAGAAAUUGUAGGGCGUUACAUGUUUCGGAGCGGAUGGAAAACCAAAUUUCGUCUAUUCUCUCCAACCCAAUGAUGUCACAUUCGUGAAAGAAAAAGUCACUUGUUCAUUAGGUCACAGUGACAAAAAAACGCCUUUCCGAAAAAAAAGUGUCUAUCAGUGUCUAUCGCGACAAAAAAAAAACUGCACAAGAUACAAGAAGAGUCAGAUGACCAUUAAAAAAAAUUGAAUCUUACACCAAAAACCUGUUAAUAUUCCACCGAUCAAAUUACAUUAUUCGUAUUAUAUGCAAUCCAAUAACAUUUUUUGUCAAUCUAUAACUUGAACAUAUAGUCGUUUAUCAUCAACAACAAAUUCUUCAGUAUACAAUGAGGAGACAAUGUUUAAAGGGAUGCUGAAUAAAGGAUUCUAUCAAAUUGAAAUUAAUGUACAGAGAGAACAGACAACAACUAAAAUGUAUGUUUUGAAAUGUCCAAAAAAUUUUACCAUGAAGCUUAGCUAUAAUUUCAUUAAAAUUACACACAAACAGAAGAAGAAC